AUGCGGCACCGUUGGUUGUUCCUUGGAGCUUGCGGCUGGGUGCUGCUCAUCCUCGUUUUCGUCACCAAGAUCAUUAGCCACCGAGCCGUUGAUGAGUAUGAAGAGAGGCUUGGUGGUCAGAGCACGACUGUUAUGGGACACACAGCGAGGAAGCUUCCACUGCCCACUGCAGAAAUAACGGUUUCACAGCAACCAGACCAGGUAAGGGCUCAGUCCUCAGCUGCCCCUACAAUGGCUGAAUGGGACUCCGUUGUUGAAGAGCGACUCCAACUGCUUUCCACUGUAUGCAAGAACAGCACCCUCAGGAAUUUGACUCACAUCCCCAUCAGCAAGUUUGUCCUGGACCGCAUAUUUGUCUGUGAUAAGCACAACAUCUUGUUCUGCCAGACCCCUAAAGUGGGUAACACACAAUGGAAGAAGGUCCUAAUCACUCUCAACGGAGCCUUCUCCGGUGUGGAGGACAUCCCGGAGUAUCUUGUCCACGAUCACGAGAAGAACGGCCUGCCUCGCCUCUCGUCACUGACGCCACAAGAAAUUACACACAGGUUAAAGACUUACUUCAAGUUUUUCAUCGUGAGGGAUCCAUUCGAACGUCUGAUCUCUGCCUUCAGUGACAAGUUCAUAAAGAACCCCCGCUUCGAGCCUUGGUACCGGCAUGACAUCGCUCCGGCCAUCAUUCGCAAGUACCGCAAAAGGCAUCGUGACGGUGACGUUGCGGGGUCCGGCUUGCACUUUGAGGAUUUUGUCCGUUAUCUGGGGGAUGUCGACGGCCGGCGACGCAUGGAUCGCCAGUUCGGGGACCACAUCAUUCACUGGAUGACAUACACAGAGUUGUGCGCGCCUUGUGACAUCCCUUAUAAUGUCAUAGGCCACCAUGAGACACUAGAACAAGAUGCCGGCUACAUACUAAAGAGAGCGGGCAUUGAGCGCCUGGUGUCCUACCCAGCUAUCCCUCCUGGCAUCACAAGUUACAACAAGACCAAGAUCGAGCAGUACUUCUCAGGAAUUAGCAAACGGGACAUCAGGCGUCUGUACGCACGCUACCAGGGGGACUUUCAUUUAUUUGGAUACCCGACACCUUACUUCCUACUCACCUGA